CUUAUACGACCUAUCUAAAGUGCACGAGAAUUCACUCAGGUCCAAACAGGCCACGGUUACGAUGAUCGAUACAAACCAACCGAUUGUAAAAGCGCUCGGUUGUCCAAAUUCCGCCGAGUGUAGAUUGUCCUUCAAUGAUCGACCGCUCCGUGCACAGGUAGCCCUGAGGUCAAUUCCGUGGCGCGCCGCGUCACGUUAUGCCGCAAGUUCCAACAGGCGCACACGCACAAAUCCGGCCAAACAAAGAGAUUUGCGUGCGUUCGAUAGAGCGCAAUUCACAAUGCGGCGUGAGAGCUCUUGGUCAACCAAGACGGUGUAUGAAGGUAUAAUUGCUUCUAGUUGCCUUGUGCAGCUACCAACAAGGUUGGUUUAGGUCUCUUGAAGUAGACCUAGCAAUAAGCUUUCCGAUAAGUCCAAAAACCUUGAUGAAGGCAGAAAAUUGGUGCACUUGUAGGCAAACGACCAUGCUGAAACACUGCCAAAAUUGAAAACCAGCUUUUGACGUUGAUCCGUUUAUAGCACUGUCAAGAAAGUUUGCGCAAUGGGUAGACCUGAUCGAGCCCGAUUGAAUGAGUGUACCCAGGCCGAUGUGCGGAGAAAUUUAAAUCCGAAAACUUGAAAAGACAGGAGCAACGAAAUAAUUCCGACCAGCUCGGCGAGUGGCAUGCAGCCAUAUGCACACACAUCUACCAUGUUGGCAGCCGAUCAUUCAUCAGAAGUGUCGGCUUUUACCAAUUUUUACCCUUCGCAAAUCAACACAUAUUUGCUUCCACACACUAAAUUAACUUCUCUUGUCUAUGUGCA